CUUCCCAACUAGAUGUUCUAGAGAGCACUUGGGGCAAUCACAUUGGGAGACUGAUGCUCCAUGACAGCUAAAAGUUGGAUUGAGUUUCAGGAGCUACUAUAUAUAAAGCUGGGUUGACUUAUGUCAGCGCACUAAUUAAAUGCCAUCUGGGUGGUUCCUCUGGGUUUUUGAGUCCAUCACCCAGUUCAGAUCAAGUCAGAGGCCAAGGAGGAAAACAUGAUGAUGGACCUUUUUGAAACUGGCUCCUAUUUCUUCUACCUGGAUGGGGAAAAUGUUACUCUGCAGCCGUUGGAAGUGGCUGAGGGCUCUCCCUUGUAUCCAGGGAGUGAUGGUACCUUGUCCCCCUGCCAGGACCAAAUGCCCCCGGAAGCCGGGAGCGACAGCAGCGGAGAAGAACAUGUCCUGGCGCCCCCGGGCCUGCAGCCUCCCCACUGCCCGGGCCAAUGUCUGAUCUGGGCUUGCAAGACCUGCAAAAGAAAAUCUGCCCCCACCGACCGGCGAAAGGCCGCCACCCUGCGCGAGAGGAGGAGACUAAAGAAGAUCAACGAGGCCUUCGAGGCACUGAAGCGGCGGACUGUGGCCAACCCCAACCAGAGGCUGCCCAAGGUGGAGAUUCUGCGGAGCGCCAUCAGCUACAUCGAGCAGCUGCAAGACCUGCUGCACCGCCUGGAUCAGCAGGAGAAAAUGCAGGAGCUAGGGGUGGACCCCUUCAGCUACAACAGACCCAAGCAAGAAAACCUUGAGGGUGCGGAUUUCCUGCGCACCUGCAGCUCCCAGUGGCCAAGUGUUUCGGAUCAUUCCAGGGGGCUCGUGAUCACGGCUAAGGAAGGAGGAGCAAGCCUGGAUUCGUCGGCCUCGAGCAGCCUGCGAUGCCUUUCUUCCAUCGUGGACAGUAUUUCCUCGGAGGAACGCAAGCUCCCCUGCGUGGAGGAGGUGGUGGAGAAGUAACUCCCGGCCGCAGGAACUGGGGACACGCUCCACGCAGCAGGAAGGCCCCGCCCACACUCCUUGGCCUAAUCCUUUACAUUAGGUCACAUUACAUUAAUAUUUAGGAACCCAGACCCAGGGGUUUAUGAGAGGGAAGGAGUUAGAUUCACAAAGAAACUUUGCAGACAGUUGCGCACUCUCAAAGGAAACAAACAAAAAAGGCUUUCGGCUUUGGGCUUUUAUUUUUUUGGAACCGCGAGUGGCUUAGGUCUAGCGCCCUUAUUUUGUUACUGUUUGUUUGGUUUUGUAAUACAUUAACUUUUAUUACGGUGAUCCUUUUGUGCCAUCCUCAAAAUAAGUCCAUUCCUGUCUAAAGCCAGUGGGAACGUUGCAUUUUAAUGUUAGUAAUAUUUAAUGUAUUUUUGUAAAUAGGAUUAGAACUUUCAUUUUUUUAUGUAAACCUAAUAAAUCUAUUUUAAAUGUGGAAUGAUACAUAUAAAAUGUGCGAGGAUCCUGGUAUUGUAAUAUUAAAAUAAGUUUCUGUA